CUCCUUAAAUGAGUUUAGACGAGCGGCAGUGAAGAAAAGCAGGAAGGAAGGCGACGGCAUCUGAUAAAACAACUGUCAUUUAAAGUAUCGACAGUUCUGCUUCGUGUUUGGGCUGUUAAGGUCCAGAAUCUGGUAGAAAUGAAGGACACUUUAGAGUUAGUGCAGAGGCUGAGCGCUCACCCGGACUCGCGCUGCUGGUACGUAGCGUGGAGCCCGAAGGGUUCACUGCUGGCGUCCUGCGGAGGAGACCGAGCGGUCAGGAUCUGGGGGAGAGAAGGAGAUAAUUGGGAGUGUAAGUGUGUGCUGUCAGAUGGACACCAGCGGACUGUCCGAAAGGUUGCCUGGUCGCCCUGUGGCAAUUACCUUGCAUCGGCCAGCUUUGAUGCCACUACAUGCAUCUGGAAGAAGAAGAAUGAUGAUUUUGAGUGCCUUACAGUGUUGGAAGGACAUGAGAAUGAAGUGAAGUGUGUAGCCUGGGCACCAUCUGGUAAUUUGCUGGCCACCUGCAGCAGAGACAAGAGUGUGUGGAUAUGGGAAGUUGAUGAGGAGGAUGAGUAUGAAUGUGUGAGUGUGGUAAAUUCACACACACAGGAUGUGAAGCAUGUAGUUUGGCAUCCCACACAAGAGCUCUUGGCUUCAGCCAGUUAUGACAACAAGGUGUGCGUUUAUAAAGAAGAGGAUGAUGACUGGGAGUGCCGGGCAACUUUAGAGGGACACACGUCCACUGUCUGGAGUCUUUCCUUUGACCCAGAGGGACAGAGAUUGGCCUCCUGUAGUGAUGACCGCACUGUAAAAAUAUGGAAGGAGUGCAUGCCAGGAAAUGGUUCUGCUGAUGGUGCAUGGACAUGUGUGUGUACCCUGUCUGGGUUUCACAGCCGUACAGUAUAUGAUGUUGCAUGGGAUCGUCUGACUGGUGCCCUGGCGACUGCAUGUGGAGAUGAUGGAGUUCGUAUUUUUAAGGAAGACACAACUGCCGAUCCUGAGCAGCCUGUCUUUUACCUGUCAGCUCACAUGCCCAAGGCUCAUAGCCAGGACGUUAACUGUGUGGCCUGGCAUCCUCAGGAAGCGGGUCUGCUGGCCACCUGCAGUGACAACGGAGAAAUUGCCAUCUGGAACUACCAUACAGAUGCUUAACCUGACAAGGGAACAUUCUUUGCACUGGACUCAGAAAGCACUGAAUUUUACCUUUACAGUCAUCAUGCGGAAAGAGUUGAAAUUCGAAACAGUCAUGCUACCUACUGUAUAUUUCCACUGAAACAUAAAAAAUAGUCUGUUCAUUUUAGUCUUGUUCUCCAGACAAAUCAGUACUGACAAUUCUCUUUGCAAAAUUUCAUUUUCCAUUGUUUGUUUUUUUUUAAAUGUCAAGCAUUCUGUCACUCCUGGUCAAAUUUAAAGUAUACUUGCAAUUGAGUGACAGGAUGCUUUACAUUGUAGAAAUUCUUUUUCAUGUAUUUACAGGAAAAAUACAAUAUCCAAAAAAAAAGAAGAUUGAAGCUUUAUUCAUGAAACCUGAAAACUAUGUAUAAUUCUGUUUUUCUUCAAAUAAAAAACAACUUUGAAGACAACGCAGCA